UGCAGGCGAUGACUUCUCUCUAAUUCAGCAAGAAAUCUACAUGGUGAAGGAAUGCAAAACACAUCAACAUCGUGGCGUACUUCGGCAGCUAUCUCUGCCGGGGAGAAGCUGUGGAUCUGCAUGGAGUAUUGCGGUGGAGGGUCCCUCCAGGACAUAUAUCACGUCACCGGACCGCUCUCCGAAAACCAGAUUUCCUACAUGUGCCGGGAAACCUUACAGGGUCUGGCGUAUCUGCACAGCAAGGGCAAAAUGCACAGAGAUAUCAAGGGCGCCAACAUACUCCUCACAGACAAUGGAGAUGUCAAACUAGCGGACUUCGUGGCAGCAAAGAUAACUGCGACCAUCGCCAAGAGGAAGUCGUUCAUUGGGACGCCAUACUGGAUGGCGCCAGAGGUGGCGGCGGUGGAAAAAAAUGGAGGCUACAACCAGCUGUGCGAUAUCUGGGCCGUCGGCAUCACCUCAAUAGAACUGGCAGAGCUGCAGCCGCCAUUGUUUGACCUGCAUCCGAUGAGAGCUUUGUUCCUAAUCAAGAGCAACUUCCAGCCUCCAAAGCUAAAAGAGAAGCUGAAAUGGACUCCGGUGUUUCACAACUUCAUCAAAGUUUCUCUCACCAACCCAAAGAAACGGCCGACUGCGGAGCGACUGCUGACGCAUACUUUCGUGGCUCAAGGAGGUCUCUCCAGAUUACUGGCGUUAGAACUCUUGGAUAGGGUCAACAAUCCGGACCACCACCACCAUUAUAUCGAGCCUGAUGAUGAUGACCUUGAGCCGAUACCCGCUGGGCGCCAUACCAUCAAGUCUACAAACAAGAGAGCGGAGAGGACGGUGUCCGAGCUGAACUUUGACAAGCUGCAGUUUGAGCCUCCGCUCAGGAAGGAGACCGAGGCCAAUGAAGUGGGCAUCAACUGGAAUCCUUUUGCAAAUGGAGCAAACCACGAUUCCACCAUGAAACGAGCUGUUCCUCCCCCGCUGCCCCCCAAGCCACAGAGAAUGAACAGCUGCCCGGAUGAAAGCAUGGCCGAGGACGAGAGGUCCAACACGAUCAAACAUCAGCAGAUAAACCGAGCCUACCGGAGGCAAAGCUCCCCAGGUUGUGGUCGCCAUACGGCUCCCCCUCAUAAUCAUUCCCUCACUAGCAGCGUCCGCUCCCCUGGAUUGUACCGCUGUAAAUUCUAUCAGUUGGGGAAUGGAGACAGUCCUAUGAGAUUAGGAAGUCCAACCGGAGACGGCUCAAAACCCCAACUUCAGCAAAAGAAGGACAAGAAGGAUUUUCCAAAACCUACGAUAAAUGGAUUACCACCCACUCCCAAAGUGCUGAUGGGAGCCUGUUUCUCCAAAGUCUUUGAUGGUUGUCCUUUAAAGAUAAAUUGUGCAACAUCCUGGAUACACCCGGACACGAAAGACCAGUACCUGAUCUGCACCGAGGAUGGGAUCUACACUCUAAAUCUUAAUGAACUACAUGAAGCCACGAUGGAGCAGCUAUUUCCUCGGAAGUGCACGUGGCUGUAUGUGAUCAAUAACACCCUCAUGUCAUUGUCGGAAGGUAAAACUUUACAGCUUUAUUCACACAAUCUAAUUGGUCUCUUUGAACCAGCCAAAAAGCCUGGACUGGCUGCACAUAUCCAAACGCAUCGCUUUCCAGAUAGAAUAUUACCAGGAAGUUUUCCCUGACUGCAAAGAUCCCGGACACAAAGAGCUGCCACAAGUGCUGUAUUGUAAGAAACCCAUAUACAGGACACAAGUAUCUGUGCGGGGCGCUGCCAUCGGGCAUAGUGCUGCUGCAGUGGUAUGAACCCAUGCAGAAGUUUAUGCUGAUACGGCAUUUUGACUUUCCCCUUCCCAGUCCAUUGAAGGUCUUUGAAAUGUUGGUAAUACCAGAGCAGGAGUACCCAAUGGUGUGUGUGGCGGUCAGCAAAGGUGUGGAACCCAAUCAGGUGGUACAGUUUGAGACCAUCAACCUGAGCUCAGCUUCCUCCUGGUUUACAAAGACUGGCACAGGUAACGCUCCACUAACUGACCCUAG